AUGUCCCAAAAUUAUGAGAGGAGGCCUCAUGAAGAAACAAGCAAUGGGAUUAGUAAAAGAGGCGACAAGGUUGUCGAAGUAGAGGAGAAACUAGAAAAUGGUGUUGAUUCAGAUAUGCCCGAUAAAUUAAAAAUGACAAAAUCUCUUGUAAUUCGUAAGGCGGAACUCAUGGCAAAGCAAUAUGAUUCGUGGUAUUUGAGAUCUUUAUUUUUACUGUCAGCAUUUAUUUGCUCCUUUGGAUAUGGACUGGAUAGUAAUAUAAGAGACAUUUAUAUGACUUAUGCGAUGAAUUCUUAUUCAACACACUCUCUCAUAUCUACAGUGGGCGUUAUCAGUCAAGUGAUCUCUGCAGUUGCUCAGAUAUUCUUCGCAGGGAUGUCUGAUGUCUUUGGAAGGUUGUCCUUAUUCAUUGCAUCUAUUGUAUUUUACGUUUUGGGGACAAUAAUUCAAUCACAGGCUUUUGAUGUAAAGCGGUAUGCCGCAGGCACUUUCUUUUAUAACGUAGGGCUCGUCGGUGUUAUGCUUCAAGUCGUUUUGAUUUUGUCUGAUAACUCGUCGCUGAAGUGGAGAUUAUUUUACACAUUUGUGCCUGCUUGGCCUUCUAUUAUCACCACAUGGGUUUCUGGUAAUGUUGUAGCAGCUGCUAAUCCUGAAGAAAACUGGUCCUGGAGUAUUGCAAUGUGGGCGUUCAUAUUUCCCUUAAGCUGUCUCCCACUGAUUGGAUGCAUGCUUCAUAUGAGAUGGAGAGUAAGAAACGACCCGGAAUGGAAAGAACUACAAGCUGAAAAAUCGUUCUAUCAGAGUCAUGGCUUACUAAAGACUGCUGUCCAAUUGUUCUGGAAACUAGACGUGUUGGGUGUUUUAUUGUUAACCGCAAGUGUAGGAUGCAUUUGUGUACCUCUAACUCUUGCUGGUGGGGUAUCUACAAGCUGGCAGAAUCCAAAGAUAAUUGCACCAUUGGUUCUUGGUUUUGUACUGGUUCCUAUUUUCAUCGUUUGGGAAAGUAAAUUUGCAUUAGUGCCAAUGGCUCCAUUUAAAUUAUUGAAAGAUCGCGGUAUUUGGGCCCCUUUAUGGAUACUGUUUUUAGUCUGUUUCGUCUAUGCAAUGGCAGCAGGUUACCUCUAUACUAUCUUACUGGUCGCCGUUGAUGAGACUGACCUCUCUGCCACAAGAAUAAUGAAUUUGUAUGCCUUUGUAACGGCUGUUUUUGCUCCGUUUUUAGGAAUCAUUGUUGCUAGAUCAACCAGACUAAAACCGUAUAUUAUUUUCGGUGGGGCGCUUUAUUUUGUUACUAUGGGACACUUUUACCGUUACAGGUCGGGAAAAGAGUCCGACAAAGGGAUAAUUGCUGCUAUGGUGGUUUGGGGUAUCUGCAGUGGUCUUUUUGACUAUCCAAUAAACGUGUCAAUCCAGACAGUGACUUCUCAUGAGAAUAUGGCCAGUGUGACGGCCUUAGGCUACACAAUUUUCAGCAUUGGCGGAGCCGUUGCAUCAGCUAUCUCGGGUGCCAUAUGGACUCAGUUGCUGUAUCCAAAGCUAUUACAGUUGAUAGGAGAUAGUGAUUUAGCUCAGGCAGCAUAUGAUUCGCCAUUUGAUUUCAUUGUUGAAAAUCCAUGGGGUACACCUUUGAGAGAAGCGAUGGUUGAAGCAUAUAGAUACGUCCAAAAAUAUGAAGUUUUGGUGGCACUGGUGUUCACGGUACCAAUGUUUUUGCUGUCUUUCUUUAUAAGAGAUCCUCAGUUGACCGCAAAUGUUGCACAGAGCUUGGAAGAGGGAGAAUAUGUGCAAACAAAAGAAGAUGACCCAAUCAAUGAUUGGUUUGCAGCCCAUUUCUCCACUUUGAGACACGAGAAAGAUUAG